GUAUGCAUAUGUACAUAUGCAUGUGACUCUAAUAAAAGGAAUACCGUACUGUAUCAAGUCAGUAGUAAAGUUAUCCCAGAACAGUACACGGUGUCCUUUCCAAAUAGUUUAACACUAACGUCAUGAUUAUUGUCGGCUUGUUGGCCCUCGUGGCAUGUGCUAAUGCUCACACUGCAGCUUUUGCACGGGGCAUGUACUGCCAAGGGGGACCCAAUCCGGGUCAAGAUGAUUCAAACACUAACACCGCUGUAGCCCCACUUUACAAUUUACCGAGAUCGCAAUGGUGGUUCCAAGCCGACCGAGGCUGUGACAGGGUCCCACCUGCACCUGGCGUGUUCCUUGAGCUCCCUGCUGGUGGUUCUUUCACCGUCGAGCUGGCCCAUAACCGGGCUCAAACCACGUUGUCGUACGACGGACAGUUCACUUCGCAGUGGCCCGACGGUCAAGAACAUCCCGAAGACUGGAAGGGACCAGGAAAUCCUCCAGAUUGCAUUCAGGAAGACGGGGCCUUGCACACAAAUAACCAGAGCAUGGCGGCUGGGACGGCGUUUGCUAUCAGCUACGUGUCUGACAUAUCUGCCGUGACGAUGGAGAAUUUAGUUGUUUUCUCAGUUCUUCCCAACACCCCAUGGAAACGUAUUGCCACCUAUGCCGUCCCUCGUGACCUUCCAUCUUGCCCCGCAGAUGGGUGCACGUGCGCCUGGCUUUGGGUUCCAAAGGGAUGCGGAGAGCCUAAUAUGUACAUGCAAGGAUUCAAAUGCAGGGUGACUGGAUCAACCUCCACGAGGCGACUUGCCCCAGCCCAGCCACCCAGGUACUGUCCCAACUUCAACGAAUGUACCCGUGGUGCCAAGCAGAUGAUUGUGACCCGACAGGCUGAGGGCAACAAUGUUGAGGUUCCUCAAAAUGACUUUGUGUCAUACAGUGCUGAUUGGGGAUUCUCACCAGGUGCCCAGAACGAUAUUUUCGUUUAGUAAGGAUGUAGCAUGGCUGACAAAAUUCUUAUUUGACAUGGCCAAUUUUAUGAAUUGUAAAACUCGCAUUCUAAAAUAAAUUAAUUUUCUUGUACAAAUUGGAAAUUAAAAAAAACAUUCUGCAUUA